AUGGCCACCUCGAACCUACACAACAUCCUCCUCACCGGGGCAUCGGGCUAUCUGGGAGGCACACUGCUCGCCCGCUGGUCGGCCGCCCAGCUGCCCCCGUAUGCGACACUCUAUGCCCUCGUCCGGACGGAAGGGCAGGCCCAAGCCGUGCGGCAAUACGGUGCGGAGCCCCUGAUCCUCGAUCUCGAGGACGACGAGGCCGUUACCCGCGCCAUCGUUGCCCAUGGCAUCUCCAUCAUCUACUUCCUGAUCGCCGCCGGCAACGCUCGGUACCAGCCGACCAUGAUCCGAGCCCUGGCACAGGUCCAGCAGACCACCGGUCGGGAGGUGCAUUUCCUGCAUACCACCGGUGCGAAGGCCUUCAGCGGGCAUGCGGGCCACCCGACCGAUAUCCCCCUGUCCGAUGCCGAUCCGAGCCUGUAUGACCUCCUGAGUUGUCCGAAGGCCGCCCAUCCGUGGCUGGGACGCGCGUCGGGGGUCAAUCGUACCGUCAUCGAGGCUGCCGAGACCCACGGCGUGCGCAGCUAUAUCUUCAUCCCCUGCAUCGUCUACGGCCCCGGCGAGGGAUUCGGGAAUCGCAUCUCCAUCCAGACGCAAGCGAUCGUCAAAGCCGCCGUCGGGACGAAACACAUCUAUCGAGUGGACUCGGAUCGUCCGACCUGGCCGGUCUGUCAUGUUCAAGAUACCGCCAGCUUGUACCUGGAGCUCCUCCGGAGGGUGCUACGCGGAGACAAACUUGAUUCCGGAAAGCAAGGGUACUAUCUCGCAGCCUCGGGGAGUGUGGCAUGGGAGGCUCUCUACGACGCCAUGGGUCAACGGCUCGCCGCACGGGGCGUCGUGGAGGACGCUGCGAUACGGGACGCGAGCGAGGCGGAUUUGGAGCGGAUUGGCGAGGUAAUUGAGCGUCCGAAGGACUUCGUUCCCCUCGAGAUUGGUGGAAAGUGUACACUGGAAGCACACCAUGGGCGGCAGAUUGGGUGGGAGCCCCAGUAUGGCCCGGAGCAUAUUCUGGCUGCUGCCGCGGAGGAAGUGGACUUGAUUCUGGGGAACCUGUGAUUCAUGGCCAUAUGUAACUUUUAGUAUAGAAAACGUCGGAAUUGCACGUAUGACAAUCCAACUCGCUCCUAGAGAGCAAGGCUGUAUACAUAGCCUUCACUGUUCCAUUUCUGCUCUCCUCCGGUCGUAAUUGACCACAGACUCGAGCAGGGUUUGGGCACCUAGGGUA